GAUGAAGAUAUGAGUGAAGAAGAAAGUGAUGACGAUGAUGAUAUGAGUGACAUUGAAGUAGGAAGUGACGAAAGUGAUGAAAGUGAAGAGGAAGAAGAAGAAAGUGAUGAAGACGAUGAUGACAGUUUAGAUGAAGAAGAGGAUACGAAAAAGCCAAAUAAAAGCAGAGAUUUAGGACAGUCAUUUGCAGAUAAGAGCAUGAAUAGCAAAACUCCAGUUAAAGCUUCAAACAAAACUCCUGCUAAAACUCCUAACAAAUUAACUGUUCAACAGAAUUCACAGAAAAAACAGAUUGAAAAUAAAACAGCCAAGACACCUAAACAACAAAAUGUUUUUCAAUCCAAAAUGGAAUUUUCUCCCUCGCCUAAAAAAAAUGACGAUAAUUUAAAAACGCCUGCUUCGCUGAAACAAUCAAAGGCUGCUGGUUCAGCAAAGAGAAAAGUUAUAGAAAUUGAAGAGGACGAUGAUGAUGAUGACGACGAUGAUGAUGAUGAGGAAGAGGAUGAUGAUGAUGAUGAGGAGGAGGAGGAGGAGGAGGAGGAUGAGGAAGAGGAAGAUGAUGAUGAGGAUGAAAAAGAAGCACCAAAACUUGUAAAAGCUGUAGAACCACCAGCAAAAAAGGCAAAAAGUGAUGGUGAGUAUUAAAAUUAAAUUUAUAGG